AUGCCUAAAGUUAAACCCAAACUGAAAAACCUGUUGUCUAAACUUCAGCAAGAAAAGAAAAUUAGAGAUAAAGCAUCUCAACCUUAUCCCAAAAAAAGACCAUCGUCGCAUGUUCGGCCACCCCGACCACCGCCAUAUCAGCCAGGCGAUUCAAUUUUAUUAAUAGGAGAAGGAAAUUUUAGUUUUGCACGUGCCCUUGCCGAAAAUGUUCUUCACGUGGGACAUUUGAUCAUCGCAACGACUCUUGAUAGUGAAGAGAUUAUGAGCAAGAAAUAUGAUGAUGCACGUGAUCAUAUCUCGGCAUUUCUCAAAUGUGGUGGAAAAGUUUUGUAUGAGGUUGAUGGAACACAAUUAAGUAAAUGCAAAGGAUUGAAAAAUAAAAAAUUUGAUAAAAUUGUGUUUAAUUUUCCUCAUGCUGGCGCAGGAAUUAAAGACCAAGAUCGAAACAUUCUCGCGAAUCAGAAGCUCAUUGAAUCAUUCUUGAAUUCAGCCAUACCCUUUUUAAAGUCUCGGGCACUCUAUUCCGAUUCUAAUGACGGGGAAAUUCUCAUAACCAUUAAAACUGGAUUACCGUACGACAAUUGGAAUAUUAAAAAAAUUAUAAAAUCAACAGGUGCUCUUGCCGUCAGGGAAACAUUACCAUUCAAUGUGAGUCAAUAUCCUGGAUACGAACAUAGGAGAACCUUAGGUUUUAAAGGUCAUUGA